GUCUCUCUUUGCACCGUCAGCCAGUCAGUAAGUUGGUGUCAGUCGCUGGUGUUAUCUCCGUGCCAGUGGACGAGUCUCGGGGCGCAUCGCACUUUCCAACGCAAGAUAACAGUUCAUAGUCACCUCGUCCGAACCGAAAGGACAAAAAAUGGCUAGUGCGACAGCUGCAGCGGCCGCCGCCCCGCUGAUGAUGCGGAUAGUGGCCAGCUCGAUCCAGAUUGCGGGCCGCGCCGGCCGGAUCAUCCGGGACGUGAUGGCCAAGGGGGACCUCGGAAUCGUCGAGAAGGGUAAGGAUGACCUGCAAACCGAGGCGGAUCGAUCGGCCCAGCGCUGCAUAAUGGCCUCGCUGGCGCGACUGUUUCCCAACGUUACCAUCAUCGGGGAAGAGGGGAACAGCGAUUUGAAGGUACCAGAAGACUGGUUGGUCUCGGAAAUGAACAGCGAGUUUCUCGAGCGAAACGUUUGCCCGGAUGGACUGAAACAGGUGAAGGAAUCGGACUUGGUCAUUUGGGUAGAUCCACUGGACGGAACCAGUGAGUACACGCAGGGAUUCCUGGAGCGGGUGACAGUGCUGAUUGGAAUCUCUGUAAAUGACCGCGCCGUGGGAGGAGUCAUACAUCAACCGUACUUUAAAACUGACAACGGAUCGUUGGGACGAACCAUUUGGGGGGUCAAAGGAAUCGGGGCAGGAGGAUUCAAUCCCGUUAAACCUCCCUCGGAUCGGUUCAUCGUGACGACCACCAGAUCCCAUUCCAAUGCGUUAGUUCAGUCAGCACUGGAUGCCCUUUCCCCGGACGAAGUCCUUCGAGUCGGAGGAGCUGGCUACAAGGUCCUGCAGCUGCUUGAAGGAAAUGCCCACGCUUACGUAUUUGCAAGCGCAGGCUGCAAGAAAUGGGACACCUGUGCCCCAGAAGCCGUACUAGAAGCACAAGGAGGAAUGCUGACCGACAUCCUCGGUCGACAUUACGCCUAUGGCAAAGACGUCAGUUUUCCGAAUGCUUGUGGGGUACUCGGAACUGCUAGUGGAAUUUCACACCAGGACAUACUAGGUAAGUUACCGGACGCUGUGAAAGAGGCUAUGAAUAAAACACAAUAGAUCCAUUCCCUAUAGUUGCACUGUAGCCGUUUAUUUAAAUUAAAACCACUCAGAGCUCCACUGAAAGCUACUGCACA